AUGACUGAGGAGUUCGCGGUGGAAGCUCGGCGUGUAUCCUGCGAGGAUUCCGGGCCCGAGGGGUCGCCUUCGGCAGCCGCGCGGUCAGAGCAGGGUACCGAGACGCCCACCAGCACGAACGCCACAGGCACGCGACUCAACUGGAACACGCAGGCACCUGCAGUGACGAACAACGGCUGGCAAAUAGCUGCGAGCGAAUGCUCUUGUUCGGGUUCUGCGCUUGGUGAAGCGUGCACUCCAGACGCUGCGCCUUCGCACGUAGGUACUGGAGCCGCAGCUCGUAGUGUUAUGGCGACUGCCUCGGUUGAGAACAGUGUUCACUCCUUAUCUGAGUCACAAAUAAGCUGGAAAACACGCUUGAAUGACCUUUUGGAGCGUCUCCUUCCCUGGAUUCCCGAGCGAAUGGCUUCCUUCCUCUACCGUCAGGCAACGCGCUGGCUGCCGACUCUCGCCCAGCGACUUCGAUCAGCCUACGCCAAGUCGCUUGAACCCAUGGACGCUGUCGUUCAUCCCUACAGGGGAAUUGUUCCGACUUUUGAUCGUCUUCCCGCAGAGGGUCGAGCGCCAACACAGAUUCUCGCCGACCUCGAUCGAAUGAUAGAAUGCGAGGCACCUAAAUGGGAGCAAGGCUUUGUCAGUGGCGCAGUUUACUCGGGGGAUCGAGCGCACGCCGAGUUCCUAUCGAACGUGUAUGCACGGACAACGCAUCUGAACCCUCUCCAUGCUGAUGUGUGGCCUUCGUGCAUCAAGUUUGAGGCGGAGAUUGUGCGGAUGACGGCGAGCAUGCUGCACGGGGGACCACAAGCCUGCGGUGUGGUCACUUCCGGCGGUACCGAGAGCAUCCUCCUUGCAUGCAAAACGUACCGUGACUGGGGCCGUGCAGAGCGACGCAUCACACGUCCAGAGAUCAUUAUACCUAGCACGGCCCAUGCGGCCUUCUACAAGGCGGCUCAAUAUUUCAACCUGCGCUUGCGAAUCGCCGCCGUAAAUCCGGAAACUUUCCGAGUCAAGGUGGAGCACGUGCGCAAACUCGUGAACCGCAAUACCGUUUUGAUUGUGGGCUCAGCGCCUCAGUUCCCACAUGGUGUCAUUGAUUCGAUCGAGGACCUCGCAGAGAUCGCACAGAAGCGACGAGUCGGAUUCCACGUGGAUGCCUGCCUCGGUGGAUUUGUUUUGCCAUGGCUGGAAAUGCUGCAAAAGUUGCGACCGGAUGCCCCGCAUCUACGAGACCUGCAGGUUCCUUGCAUCGAUUUUCGCGUCCCAGGAGUAACCUCGAUAUCUGUGGACACGCACAAGUACGGAUACGCCGCCAAAGGUACCAGUGUUAUCCUGUACGCUACUCCAGAGUGGCGUCGCUAUCAAUUUUUCACCCUCACGGAUUGGAGUGGCGGUCUUUAUUAUUCGCCAACGUUCGCAGGGAGUCGACCGGGAGGUCUCAUUGCUGCCUGCUGGGCCUCUAUGCUUCGCAUGGGCGAGGACGGCUACAUGCAUGCGACGGACGCCAUCUUUCGGGCUGCACAUGCACUCAAAACCGGCAUCAGGGCGCGUAUUCCGGACCUGCGCAUCCUCGGUGCUCCGCUUUGGGUGAUCGCGUUGGCAGCUGCCGACCCGAGUACGCUCAAUAUUUACAGGGUUCUGGACGCGAUGAGUGAUCGCGGCUGGUCGCUGAAUGGACUGCAUCGCCCACCUUGUAUUCACAUCUGCUUGACACUGCGGCACUGUGCACCAGGUGUCAUCGAACGCUUCCUCAGCGAUCUCAGCGACUGCGUCAAGUCCAAUCUAGAACUCGACCGUUCCAACCGAACCGGAAAAACCGAAGGCAUGGCGCCUAUUUAUGGGCUAGGCGGGACCAUGCCAGCGCGCGGUGUCGUAUCAGACCUGUUGCUUUCGUACAUGGAUUUGCUGUAUAAAGUUUGA